AUGUGUGUUAACAGAAAAGCCCUGUUGGGUUUCACAGUUUGUUACCUAAAUGGCAGUAACGUCCAGUGCAGAUGUGAGGACCAGUACGUCUGGUCUUCUACGAACUGUGCUACAUACGGAGCCUGUGAUGAGAUCUCUAAUGACACUUGCAGCUGUAUCAAAAGUAUUCCAUCCAAUGGGCAGUACUGCCAGCAAAAGACAGUUUGCUCUCUGAGCAGCAAUGGUUACCAGUGCAGAUGUGAGGAUCAGUAUCGUUGGUCAUGUGACCAGUGUUUCAUGUAUGGAUCCUGUGACAACAUCACCUCCAACACAUGUGGAUGCAUCAAUGCCAUCUCUGCUGAUGGACAGCAUUGUCAGCCUGUUGACCAAUACAUUGUCUAUGAAUAUAUUAUCACAAUUGAGCUGAACACCACAGAUGUUACAGAGAUAGACCGACUGAGAAACAUCAGCUACCCAGUCAGCUUCAGCAACAACACACAAGUCUCUGGCAUGAACAUCUGUACAGUUUGCUCUCCAAGCAGCAGUGGUUACCAGUGCAGAUGUGAGGAUCAGUAUCGUUGGUCAUGUGACCAGUGUUUCAUGUAUGGAUACUGUGACAACAUCACCUCCGACAAAUGUGGAUGCAUCAAUGCCAUCCCUGCUGAUGGACAGCAUUGUCAGCCUGUUGACAAACACAACUUGACAUUUUGUCCAGUUCUGACGACCACUCCAUCACCAACAAUUGUCUAUGAAUAUAUUAUCACAAUUGAGCUGAACACCACAGAUGUUACAGAGAUAGACCGACUGAGAAACAUCAGCUACCCAGUCAGCUUCAGCAACAACACACAAGUCUCUGGCAUGAACAUCUCUACAGUUUGCUCUCCAAGCAGCAGUGGUUACCAGUGCAGAUGUGAGGAUCAGUAUCGUUGGUCAUGUGACCAGUGUUUCAUGUAUGGAUCCUGUGACAACAUCACCUCCGACACAUGUGGAUGCAUCAAUGCCAUCCCUGCUGAUGGACAACAUUGUCAGCCUGUUAUCCAAUACAACUUUACAUUUUGUCCAGUUCUGACGACCACUCCAUCACCAACAACUUCUCCAGUUGUCUAUGAAUAUAUUAUCACAAUUGAGCUGAACACCACAGAUGUUACAGAGAUAGACCGACUGAGAAACAUCAGCUACCCAGUCAGCCUCACCAACAACACACAAGUCUCUGGCAUGAACAUCUCUACAGUUUGCUCUCCAAGCAGCAGUGGUUACCAGUGCAGAUGUGAGGAUCAGUAUCGUUGGUCAUGUGACCAGUGUUUCAUGUAUGGAUCCUGUGACAACAUCACCUCCGACACAUGUGGAUGCAUCAAUGCCAUCCCUGCUGAUGGACAGCAUUGUCAGCCUGUUGACAAACACAACUUUACAUUUUGUCCAGUUCUGACGACCACUCCAUCACCAACAAGUAAGACUGAGGAAACAACAAAAAUCAGCACCACCACCCCAACCACAACUACAGCUGCUACCUUGACCACGGCUACCAACACGACUACUAUUGCUACCACUAAAACUACGCCCACCCCGAUCACAACUACUGCUGCUACCACAACCACUACCCCUACAACAACCGCUACUACCACUACCCCUACCACGAUUGUUACCACGGCUACCACCACGACUACGAUUGCUACCACUAACACUACCAACCCCCCCACUACAACUACCGCUACCACUACCCCUACCACGACCACUACUACGAUUGCUACAACGGCCAGCACGGCUACCACCAGGACUACGAUUGCUACCACUAACACUACCCCCACCCCCAUUACAGCUGCUGCCACAACCACUACUCUUACCACGACCGCUACUACGAUUGUUACCACGGCUACCCCUGCUACCUCCACGACUACGAUUGCUACCACUAACACUACCACCACCCCAACCACAACAACGACCACUACCCCUACCACGACCACUACUACGAUUGCUACAACGGCCACCACGGCUACCACCAGGACUACGAUUGCUACCACUAACACUACCCCCACCCCCAUUACAGCUGCUGCCACGACUACUACCCCUACCACGACCGCUACUACGAUUGUUACCACGGCUACCCCGGCUACCACCACGACUACGAUUGCUACCACUAACAGUACCACCAUCCCAACCACAACUACGGCUGCGAUCUUGACGACAGCUUUCAAUAUGGAAAUGGUAAUGAGAUUAGACAUGGAUUACACAUCAGAAUUAAGUGACACAUCAAGUACCGUGUACAAAGAUUUGAAGUCAAAGAUCGAUCCAGUGAUAGUUGAGCAGUUUAAAGGAAUACCAGGAUAUAGAGGAGGUUUUGUGACAGUAUUCAGCAAAGGAAGCAUUAUUACAAAAUUUGUUGUACAGACGACACAAGUGGACUUUGAUAAAAUCUUGGUCGAAAAUCAAAAACUCCCUGAAGCAAUAAAAAAUAGUGGGAUUGCUCCUGUCAUUGGCGCAGUUUCUGCAUUUUACCAAAGUUCAACUUCGAUCAGCAUUCCAGAGCUCACUUACACUGGUGCCAGCCUGUCCCUGAAGUGUGAGCCUCCAGAAAGCUUUAGCGUGGGACUAAUUUCCAGUUCCAGAUGGACAUUUAAUGGACGGGAAAUUAAACAUGGUGGAAGGUUUAAUAUAAUCACUACCAAUUCUAUGUCUAUGCUUGAAGUUAAAGACGUCAUUCCUGGUGAUAGUGGACCUUACAGUUGUACUCUGAGCAAAAACGACCUGGAAUUCCAGCAAAAAGGAUUUGUAACGGAAAGCAAAAUCAAAGAAGCUCCUGUAGUGCGUCUCAAGAGUGAAUUUCAUGUAAAAUGCUUAACAGGAAAGAUACAACCACUCAAGUGUUGUGUGCAACGUCCCUACAAAAUCAAGUGGUUUCAAGGCAAAGACCCAUUGAGCUCAGUUCCUAUUACCGAUGAAGACACCAACUGCAUCAAGCAUGAUUACAAAUUAGAAAGCUGCAGCGGAUCAGGGGAAGAUCAAGUCAUUUUUACAUGCAGGGUAGAAAACCCAUCAAGUUAUGAAAUGAAAUCGACAAUGACGAUCUUCAAAGAGAAUUUCAGAUGCAAUGACGCUCAGUAUGGGACCGGCCGAGUAGGAGACCGAUCAAGCAUUGAGUGUGAUAUAGGUCAAGUAGGGAAAAGGCUGGCGGAAUGUCAGGAAACGGGCGAGUGGAAACUGGUCGUAGACACCUGCAUUGUUAUAGAAAUCAAUGAAUUACUGAUUGAGUCACAGACUUUGGUUGUGGAGGGAGUGCCAGAAUUUGUAGGGAAUCUAAGUAAAGCUGUCCAGAAAGAAAGACAGGACAUUGAAAAUUCAACUGCAACCAUAUCAGCCAUCGUUGACAUCCUAAACACUCUUGCAAAUGUUUCAACUACUGUUGAUGAAACCAUAAUGCAGAAUAUCCUAGAGACUAUUGAUGUCAUCAUAGGUGAAGAAUCAAGAGAGUCUUGGGUCAUUUUGAAUGCAAAUGAAACCAGCAAUUCCAGCUCGAAAUUAUUGGGUUCGUUGGAGAGCCUCUCCAGUGAUUUGGACGGAGAGUUUUCCGUGAGGACUCCAAGGAUCCUGCUAAACAGAACAAAGUUUGAUGACACCUUCAUGGCAGACCUGAACUCCAGCAUCGUCCUAAACAUUACACAAAACAGCAUGAGCAAUGUUUUUAUUACCACCAUCCUCCUCUCAACCCUUAAUAUUGUUAUGCCGACCCGAAACUCAACCUUUAACGUCAGCCCCUUCAAUACCACCAGUAAUGAAACUGCCAGUGAUAAUGCCAUCAAUGCAGCCGUGUUGCUUGUCAAAAUAAAUGCCACAGUUCAGAAUGUCCUUCUGAGCUACGACAAGCUGAACAGCUCCUUGACAAUGAACCCGCAGUGCGUCUUCUGGAACUUCACACUUUUUGAUAAUAUUGGUGCUUGGGAUGAUGAGGGAUGUAAGUUUGUUUCCAACAUAAACAACAUAGUAACCUGCAGCUGUAACCACCUCACCUCCUUCUCAAUUCUGAUGGCAACGGACAUCCCUCCAUCUCUAAGAAAAGCCUUGGAUAUAAUCACUUAUGUUGGAGUUGGAAUAUCUCUGGCAAGCUUGGUUAUAUGUCUAGUUAUUGAAGGGUAUGUUUGGAAAGCCAUUACCAGGAAUAGCACUGCCUUCAUGCGUCACGUUUCCAUCGUAAAUACAGCCCUGUCUCUGUUGAUCGCUGAUAUCUGUUUCAUCAUUGGUGCCUCUAUAGCAAACAAUCCCCUUGAAAACCCAGGGGGGAACUACGAACUUCCUCUUGGACCAUGCAGCACUGCAACAUUUUUUAUGCAUUUUUUCUACCUUGCUCUAUUCUUUUGGAUGCUCGUGUCAGGCCUUUUGCUCUUUUACAGGACGGUCAUGGUCUUCUCGUACAUGUCCAAGUCAAUCAUGUUGGCCAUUGGUUUCUGUUUAGGAUACGGCUGUCCUCUGAUUAUAGCUGUUAUUACUGUUGCUGUCACAGCACCGGGGAAUGGAUACAUCAGGAAAUCCGAGGCUUGUUGGCUGAACUGGUUUGAGGCAAAAGCCCUCCUGGCCAUGGUGAUACCAGCCUUGACCAUAGUUUUCAUCAAUAUUUUAAUUGUAAUUUGGGUCUUAUACAAAAUGCUGAAAAGAGGUGUGGGAGACGCUGCACAAUCAGAUGAAAAACACACGCUGGUGGUCAUAACAAGGUGUCUGGUCAUUUUGACUCCUUUAUUUGGAUUGACCUGGGGUCUGGCUGUGGGAACCAUGGUAUCAUCAACAAAUGAAACAAUCCAUAUUGCCUUUGCAUUCUUCAAUUCACUACAGGGUUUCUUCAUUUUAUUGUUUGGGGUACUUCUCGAUUCAAAGACGCGAUCUAUCCUCGGAAGGAAAUCACCUCGAACAAGCACUGGCUCUAAUUCUACGAGGACGUGAUAUGCUCCAGAAGAUAUGGCAUUUCCUCCUUGAGUGGAAACAAUUUUAUAGGCAGAC